GUGCUCUUGUCACAUUUGCUAUUUUAUACAAAUCCCUCACACAUCAUUCCAGAAACAACCAUGAACUAAAAAUACACAGUGAAAGCCUUAAUGUAUUUGAUUUAAAUAGGUUAUCAGAUAGAAUUAAUGCAAUGUUUUACAUUAGAAACAUAUGUCGAUUAUUACCAAUGGUAUUGGAUCUAUGCCCCAAAAGAGAUAACCCUGAGUUUCAGGUGUUAAAUAGAUUAAAUGGAAAUGUGGUUGAAAUUGGUUACACAGUUAAGAAAAUACUUCUUAAAGAACAAGAUGCUAAUCACUUAAAACAUAUUUACAAGAUACUGAAAGACAAUGAAAUCAGAUGUGUUGAUGAAUUAUUUGCUUCACAUGGUAAACGUGUACAUUUAAAGCCUUGUGGAGAUGAAAGGAAACCAUCAGAUUUUAAUGGACUGUUAAGAGCAUUAACAUGUAUAUUAACUUGCAUCAAAGGUUUACACAAUAUAAAGCCCCAUCCAUUAAUGCAUAGAGGCAUCAGAUGGCCAAACAUAAUUUUGCAUAAUGAAAUAUAUAUUUUAAUUGAUUUUGAAUUUGCUGAAUUUGCUCCACAAGUAGCUUUAAAUCAGCUCAAGGAAAAUGAACAUGCGCCUGAAAUGUUGAGGGGUAAGCAUGAUGAAAAAGUUGACCUAUGGAGUGUUGGACAUUUAAUAUUUUCAAGCAACAUCCACAACAUCCCAACAGAACUUUCCAAUCUAGCAUCAAAACUAUGUGAAGAUGAUUUAAAUAGACGACCAUCAGCAUCUGAUGCUCUUGAAAAGAUUAAAGAAAUGUUUAAAAAGUGGUACCCUUUGGAUAAAUGGUUAGAAUAUUUUGAAAAUAGUUUAAAUAAUCCAGGAUAUGUCAUUUUUAAAUAA